GGCCGGAAGUUGCCUAUGCUGUACCGCCGCCCGAUCGCCGCUGCUCACUGCGCGGGACUACCACGGGGCUGCUGUUUUGGGCCCUGCAGGCACCACCAUGCUGAAGAAAUUCGACAAGAAAGACGAGGAAUCGGGUGGAGGCUCCAACCCAUUCCAGCAUCUUGAGAAGAGUGCAGUACUCCAGGAGGCCCGUGUAUUUAAUGAAACUCCCAUCAACCCUCGAAAAUGUGCCCACAUCCUCACCAAGAUCCUUUACCUCAUAAACCAGGGGGAGCACCUAGGGACCACCGAAGCAACCGAGGCCUUCUUUGCCAUGACCAAGCUCUUUCAGUCCAAUGAUCCCACACUCCGUCGGAUGUGCUACUUGACCAUCAAGGAGAUGUCUUGCAUCGCUGAGGAUGUUAUCAUCGUCACCAGCAGCCUAACAAAGGACAUGACUGGGAAAGAAGACAACUACCGGGGCCCAGCUGUGCGUGCCCUCUGCCAGAUUACUGACAGCACCAUGCUGCAGGCUAUCGAGCGCUACAUGAAACAGGCCAUUGUGGACAAGGUGCCCAGUGUCUCCAGCUCUGCCCUGGUGUCUUCCCUGCACCUGCUGAAGUGCAGCUUUGACGUGGUCAAGCGCUGGGUGAAUGAGGCCCAGGAGGCGGCAUCCAGUGAUAACAUCAUGGUCCAGUACCAUGCUCUGGGGCUCCUGUACCAUGUGCGUAAGAACGACCGCCUGGCUGUCAAUAAAAUGAUCAGCAAGUUCACCCGGCAUGGCCUCAAGUCUCCCUUUGCCUACUGCAUGAUGAUCCGGGUGGCCAGCAAGCAGCUGGAGGAGGAGGACGGCAGCCGUGACAGCCCACUGUUUGACUUCAUUGAGAGCUGUUUGCGCAACAAGCAUGAGAUGGUGGUGUACGAAGCUGCCUCGGCCAUCGUCAAUCUUCCAGGCUGUAGCGCCAAAGAGCUGGCCCCGGCUGUGUCAGUGCUCCAGCUUUUCUGCAGCUCACCCAAGGCCGCUCUCCGCUAUGCUGCUGUCCGCACCCUCAAUAAGGUGGCCAUGAAGCACCCGUCCGCAGUGACGGCCUGCAAUCUGGACCUGGAGAACCUGGUGACGGACUCAAACCGCAGCAUCGCCACGCUGGCCAUCACCACGCUCCUCAAGACCGGCAGUGAGAGCAGCAUCGACCGCCUCAUGAAGCAGAUCUCGUCCUUCAUGUCGGAGAUCUCAGAUGAGUUCAAGGUGGUGGUGGUCCAGGCCAUCAGUGCCCUGUGUCAGAAGUAUCCUCGCAAACACGCCGUGCUCAUGAACUUCCUGUUCACCAUGCUGCGGGAAGAGGUAAGAGCAGGCAUUUGGGGCCUGUCAGGUCUCCUCAUCCCUGCAGCAUCCCUCCUGCCACCCCUGGGGGCUCCAGUCAGGAGUACUGUGUGUUCUGGCUACAGGUGUGUGAUGGACGAUGACAAUGAAGUAAGGGACCGAGCCACCUUCUAUCUCAAUGUCCUGGAGCAGAAGCAGAAGGCCCUCAAUGCAGGCUAUAUCCUAAAUGGCCUGACCGUUUCUAUCCCUGGUCUGGAGAGAGCUCUGCAGCAGUACACUCUAGAACCAUCGGAAAAACCUUUUGACCUCAAGUCUGUGCCCCUGGCCACCACACCAAUCGCAGAGCAGAGAACAGAAAGCACCCCCAUCACAGCCGCCAAGCAGCCAGAGAAAGUGGCAGCCACCCGGCAAGAGAUCUUCCAGGAGCAGUUGGCGGCGGUGCCAGAGUUCCAUGCGCUGGGGCCCCUCUUCAAGUCCUCACCUGAGCCUGUGGCCCUCACUGAAUCGGAGACUGAGUAUGUCAUCCGCUGCACCAAACACACCUUCACUGACCACAUGGUGUUCCAGUUUGACUGCACAAACACACUCAACGACCAGACCUUGGAGAACGUCACGGUGCAGAUGGAGCCCACUGAAGCCUACGAGGUGCUCUGUUACGUGCCUGCCCGAAGCCUACCCUACAACCAGCCUGGGACCUGCUACACAUUGGUGGCACUGCCCAAGGAAGACCCUACAGCUGUGGCCUGCACAUUCAGCUGCAUGAUGAAGUUCACUGUCAAGGACUGUGACCCCACCACUGGGGAGACCGAUGAUGAAGGCUAUGAAGAUGAGUAUGUGCUGGAAGAUCUGGAAGUCACUGUCGCAGAUCACAUCCAAAAGGUCAUGAAGCUGAACUUCGAAGCAGCCUGGGAUGAGGUAGGGGAUGAGUUUGAGAAGGAGGAAACAUUCACCUUGUCUACCAUCAAGACACUUGAAGAGGCUGUGGGCAAUAUUGUGAAAUUCCUGGGAAUGCACCCUUGUGAGAGGUCAGACAAAGUGCCAGAUAACAAGAACACCCACACGUUGCUCCUGGCUGGUGUGUUCCGGGGAGGUCAUGACAUCUUGGUGCGCUCCCGACUGUUGCUUUUGGACACAGUAACAAUGCAGGUGACAGCCAGAAGUUCAGAGGAGCUGCCAGUAGACAUCAUCUUGGCGUCUGUGGGCUAAGAGGCCAGGCUGCAUGAGCCCUGCUCCUACCCUUUUCCCCCCAACACUGCGCAGAAGUCAUGCCUUCAUCCUGAAUCCAGUGGAAACUCCUUCCCAAGCCUCUGUAUCAAAAACAAUUAGAAAUCACUGGGGAAAAAAAAAAAUUUUUUUUUUUAAUUUAACCCCUGCCCCAGGCUUGCCGGGGGGUAACCUUUUUUUCUUUUUUUAAAUAGGGGAUGAUUUUAGCUUGUCUUAGAACCUGCUGUCCUGCCUGUCAGGGUAGGAACAUCGCAAAUGAAUAAAAUGCUCGCACCUCCUCUUGAAUUUAUCCCCAAGAAAACCAUCUUAUCCAUAUAAAUAAAUCAGCAUGUAUUUAUU